AUGGACGAUGUCGAUCAGGACCUGGCUCUGCACUACACCUCCCCCGCAUCUUCGUGGUCUGAGGCCCUCCCGGUAGGAAACGGCCGGCUGGGGGCAAUGAUCUACGGGAGAACUACCACCGAGCUGCUCCAGCUCAACGAGGAUUCUGUUUGGUACGGCGGCCCGCAGGAUAGAACCCCCAGGGAUGCCAAACGCAACCUUGCCAAGCUUCGAGAGCUCAUCAGAGCCGAGAGGCACCAAGAGGCCGAGACCCUCGUGAGGGAGGCCUUUUUCGCCACGCCAACUAGCAUGCGGCAUUAUGAACCAUUGGGAAACUGCACGAUUGAAUUUAACCAUGGCGUGGAGGAUGUCACUGACUUUAGGCGACGUCUUGAUCUGAGCACUUCUCAGAACACCACCGAGUACACGUGCCGAGGUGUUUCUUACCGACGGGAUGUUAUUGCCAGUUUUCCAGACAAUGUCUUGGCGAUUCGGUUCGAGGCUUCGGAAAAGACGCGCUUUGUUGUGCGAUUGACGAGAAGAAGCGAUGUCGAGUGGGAGACCAACGAGUUUCUUGACAGUAUUCGAGCUGAAGACGGUCGCAUUAUUCUUCACGCUACGCCGGGCGGAAGAAACAGCAAUCAAUUGGCCCUCGUGCUUGGUGUUUCUUGCGAUGCAAAUGAUGGGGAAGUCGAAGCGAUCGGCAAUUGUUUGAUCGUCAAUACGACUCGUUGCGUGAUUGCCAUCGGCGCGCAGACGACGUACCGAGUCGCCGACCCCGAAGCAUCAGCUCUUCACGAUGUCGAUGAGGCUCUCAAGAGGCCUUGGAGCGAAUUGGCCGAGCACCAUCGACAAGAUUAUACCAAUCUCUUCGGCCGAAUGUCGUUGCGAAUGGGGCCAAACGCAGGCCAUAUCCCGACCGACGAGAGAAUAAAGAACAACCGAGACCCAGGGUUGGUGGCGCUGUAUCACAACUAUGGCCGCUAUCUCCUCAUCUCCUCGAGCCGAAACUCGCACAAGGCCUUGCCAGCGACGUUACAAGGCAUUUGGAACCCAUUCUUCGCGCCUCCUUGGGGAUCCAAGUACACCAUCAACAUCAACCUCCAGAUGAACUACUGGCCGGCUGCACAGUGCAACCUUCUCGAAUGCGCAUUGCCGGUCAUGGAUCUUCUGGAGAAGAUGGCUGAGCGAGGAAGGAAGACGGCCGAGACGAUGUACGGCUGUCGAGGCUGGUGCGCCCAUCACAACACCGACAUUUGGGGUGAUACAGAUCCACAAGACACAUGGAUGCCUGCCAGUCUUUGGCCGCUAGGAGGCGUCUGGGUAUGCAUUGACGUCUUCAAUAUGUUGAAGUAUGAGUACGAUUCGGCUUUGCAUAGUCGCGUGGCUCCGGUACUCGAAGGUUGUAUCGAAUUCCUGCUCGACUUUCUUAUUCCAUCUGCGUGCGGCAAGUAUCUCGUUACCAACCCUUCGCUCUCGCCAGAGAAUACCUUUUUAUCGGAAUCUGGUAAACCUGGAAUUCUCUGUGAAGGGUCCGUCAUUGAUAUGACGAUUGUUCGCAUCGCAUUCGAGAGCUUCCUUCUCAGCGUCGACAUUCUCAACCAAGAUCACCCUCUUCGGAGUCAAGUCCAGGAAGCUCUCGAGAAGCUACCGCCACUAACUAUCAACAACGACGGAUUGAUACAAGAAUGGGGGUUAAAGGAUUAUCAGGAACAUGAGCCCGGCCAUCGUCAUGUCUCUCACCUCUUCGGCCUGUACCCUGGAGAAUAUAUCGAUCCCAUCAUGUCGCCCGAAUUAGCCACCGCGGCGAAGAAGGUGCUUGAACGGCGGGCCGCGAACGGAGGAGGUCACACUGGUUGGAGCAGAGCCUGGUUAUUGAACCUACAUGCUCGCCUUUUCGACGCCGAAGGUAGCCGACAGCACAUGGACUUGCUGUUGGGAGGUUCAACGUUGGCAAAUCUGCUGGACAACCACCCUCCUUUCCAGAUCGAUGGUAAUUUUGGAGGAUGUGCUGGUAUUCUAGAAUGCCUUGUGCAAUCUCGAAUCAGGUCUGAAGGUGUGGUUGAGAUUCGUCUCUUCCCAGCCUGGCCGGCUGCAUGGUCAUCCGGCAAGGUGACAAAAGCAAGGGUGAAAGCAGGCUGGCGCGUAUCUAUGGAUUGGAAAGAGGGGCUAUGCAUAGAAAAUUUGAUCCUGGAAGCCACAGAGCCUGACACACCCGACGCCCAUGUUGUCUUCCCUGAUGGAGAGGGUGUACUUGUCGCCGGAGGAGACCCUGGACCACGUCAAGUUCGAUCAAGAGGAGGCGACAAGGGUUAUUGA